GUAACGGAUUCGAUGCUUUAGGAAAAUAACUUUAUUCUAUGUUCAAGAAUAUUUUUAUUAAAAAUGAUACAUGAACCCAUUUGAGUUCCAACAAUCUGUUUGAUUUAAGUGACGGUAUACCCCAGCGAAAAAAACUACACAACAACAAUCAUUGAGAGUCAUUGUGUUAAAAUACUGUCCGUUAUGUGAGAGUUAAUUUUGCUUACAAAACAUGUACCCAAAGUACCGGUACACACAUAAGCGACGAUUUCAGAAACGGAGAUGGGACGCUCUAACAUUCUGUUAUAUAAGUCUGGCUGCCUUCGGCUGGUCGGCGUCGGUGGUGGAGGAUUCUCGUAUCCCGCUGAAGAUCUCUUUCCUAACUUCAGCCGGUGAUUCUCAAGAUGGAUCAAAGACAUUCGCCGGCGCGUUCUUCAGUGCCCUGGAUUAUGUAAACCAGAACACUUCCCUGCUGCACGGAUACCGACUUGAAUGCCUUUUCAACGAUACCGAACUUAGCUCCCUGAAUGCAAUCAACGCAAUGACGUCACACUACAGGAACGAGACUCUCGCGUUCAUCGGACCGGACGAGUCUUGUCACUGCGAGUCUACGGUGGCCGCGGCUUGGAACCUGCCUAUGAUCGGCUACAAAUGCCACGACUCCAGGAGUUGGGAUGAGGAAUACGAACAGACUCGGCGGACAUUCGCUUCAACCCAGCCCUCCACAGCCAAGGUGUCUAAGUCCAUACUCGCCAUACUACAGUACUACCAAUGGAAUAGGGUGACCAUGGUGGUUGGUUCUAUUUCAAUAUGGAACGAGACAGCCGAUAACCUGAAGACUCUCAUGAAGGAUCACAACAUCAAGCUGCAUGACACCAUAUUCUUCGAGGAGCCGUACGCCCCCGGUGAGGAAAUGUAUCACAUUGUGGAAAAGUCGUACCGAAUGACGCGCAUCUACGUGUUCUUGGGUGACCAUCACGGCCUGAUCGACUUCAGUCGUCUGCUGAAGGCGCACGUGGAUGACCGGAUAUCCGAGUACGUCGUCAUCGCCGUGGACGAACGCAUGUACACAGAGGAUCCGAACGCAUACCUCCUCAAAACACCAUUCGAAUCCGAAGGCGACUUGAACACAUAUAAAGUGCAGUCGUUCGAGACGGUCUUACUGCUGGUCCCUCGCCCACCCCUAAAUGAAGACUGGGACCAUUUCCUGGAUGACGUCAGACGCCGGAACACAGAGCCACCAAUCAACGGGUUCGCAAAGGAGUACAAGGGAUUUACGAUCAAGGUGCCAAUCUACGCCGCCUUCCUGUAUGACGCUGUGCACACGUACGCACGUGCUCUCCACGAGACGCUUAUAUCCGGGGGAGACAUACGCAACGGCACGGCGUUUAUAGAUCACAUCCGCAAUACUACAUAUACGAGUAUUUUGGGUUACGAGGUGUACAUUGACCGCCAGGGGGAUGCAGAGGGAAACUACACACUCCUCACGUUUGACGUCCACCAACAAGAUUCCCGCGUUGAGCUACUUCCUGUUGGCAACUUCCGGAUGACCCAAGGUGGCGUCGGCAUUCCAGAGCUAAACCUGUUUCGGGAUAUCAAGUGGAGGAACGGCGGCCCGCCAAGGGAUGAGCCGAAGUGCGGCUUUUACGGCGAGAAGUGCCAACACAAGUCACCGCUGUGGACGAUUCUGUCUGUGGUCAUAGCAAUCACGGUCAUUGUCGGGAUAGCCGCCGGCUUUGCUGUCAGGCACUACUUGUACGAGCAGAAGCUGGAUCGCCUGCUGUGGAAGGUGGACUUCAAGGACAUCGCAUCGCUCGUGCAAUCCGUGGAUGAGACCCUACUCCCGCCUACAAUGAAGAAGAGGAAACGGUCCAAGAGCCAUCCGUUCAAGUUCAUAUUUUCCUACGAGAACGAGUCGGAGCGGACCACGCUACUGGGAAAGGAAGUCAAGCGGGACAGAUCAUUCAGCAGCACUCAAUCGCAGCGCUGUCUGAUCGGCUGCUACAAAGGCACCGUGGUGUCCAUCAAGCACAUCUCGCGACGCCACUUCGAGAUCGACCGAGAUCUCAAAAAGCAGUUGCAGCUGCGCAAGGAGCUCAACCAUGACAACGUGGCACGUUUCAUCGGCGCAUGCGUGGAGUCCCCGCACGUGUACAUCCUGACCCAGUUCUGUCAGCGAGGCAGCCUACAGGACAUACUUAACAAUGAAGAUUUCAGUGUGGACGAUAUGUUCGUAUCAUCACUGGUCUCUGACCUAAUCAAAGGUAUGACGUUCAUCCACGACAGCGAGAUCCAUUACCAUGGCAAUCUGAAGACCAGCAAUUGUCUCGUGGACGCGCGUUGGGUACUCAUGGUAACGGACUUUGGACUACACAGGCUUGACAAAGGGCGCGUCUUAAGCUUCUCGGAUUCGCAAAACUUCUAUGAAAGUCUAUUAUGGCGCGCACCGGAACUACACAGAAGCACGAACCGGGAGGCCGUGGGAACACAGAAGGCAGACGUGUACGCGUUCGCGCUCAUACUGUACGCGCUAAUAGGCCGAAAGGGCCCGUGGGGAAACACAUCUUACUCCAGCAAAGAAAUUGUCGCGCUACUACGGAGCGAGAGUUCCCCCAUCAGACCGGAUAUGACCGGUCUUUCGUGCGAGCCCUUCAUAAGCGACUGUAUCCGGGAGUGCUGGGCGCAGGACCCGGACAUGAGACCGACAUUUAAGGACAUCCGCGUGAAACUGAAGCCGAUGUUGCAAGGAAUAAAGUCUAACAUAUUGGAUAACAUGCUGUACAUGAUGGAGCGUUACUCCAAUAACCUUGAGAGUCUGGUCGCUGACCGCACAGAGUUGCUAUCCGAGGAGAAGAAGAUGACGGAGAACUUGUUGCUGAGGAUGUUGCCAAGACUCGUUGCUGAGCGGCUGAAAAAAGGCGAGCCGGUGGUGCCGGAAGUGUACGAGAGUGUCUCCAUCUACUUCUCGGACAUCGUGGGCUUUACCGCCCUGUCAGCGGAGAGCACGCCCAUGGAGGUUGUCUGCAUGCUGAACGACCUCUACACGUGCUUCGACGCAAUCGUUGAGAACUUUGACGUCUACAAGAUUGAGACGAUUGGUGACGCGUAUUUUGUCGUGAGUGGUCUGCCUUUGCGAAACGAGGACCUGCACGCGGGCGAGAUAGCGUCUAUGUCACUGCGCAUGCUCGAGGAAAUCAAACGCUUUAAGAUACGUCACAGACCUGACGACACACUUAAGUUGCGGAUCGGUCUGCAUUCGGGUCCUUGUGUGGCCGGGGUGGUUGGCCUCAAGAUGCCGCGCUACACACUGUUCGGAGACACGGUGAACACAGCGUCCCGCAUGGAGUCCACGGGCGUUCCCCUUAAGAUUCACUGCAGUGAGACAAUCACCUGCCUUUUAAGGAAGCUUGGUGGUUACCACCUCGCUGAGCGAGGCCUCGUUAACGCAAAGGGUAAAGGCGAAAUGCUGACCUAUUUUCUAGAGGGCGAGGACGAGUCUCACCGCCAGAGGCGCAUCUCUCACACCCGACUCUCUGGUCAAAACACACCAAAUGGUGCCGUGAAUCCAGUCGGCGAGAUAUUUGGCGCGCCCAUCAUCCAUCCACGAUAUUGGAAUAAUUUCUCCAGUAACGGCUCAUUUGACCUCUCUCCUGAUUUCCCAAAUAACAAUCCGAACAUUUUACUUCUAGAGAACUGUGACAGCCUCGAGGACAAUGUAAUUAACGCAUCUUUCAACGCGAAAAAUGCUCUCUCCCAGAAAGGCAUGCAGAGGAGCGGUUCCACGCAGCAUCCCCAUGCUUUAAACUCAACAUGCAACUCAAGACUUCAAAAUCUGACGACCGAUGACCAGCUGACCGAUCGGCCGGCCAGAAUUGUGAGCCAGAUAUCGGAUUCAGUUAAUGGUAGACCACCUGGAGAUGCCAUGAACAAUGUAACUCGUGGACUGCUUAAGAGGAAUUUAUCAGCCCCAUCGUACAUGGUAGCAGAGCACAGCGUAUGACAGGGAUAGUAACGCCUUUACAAAGUGUGUUGUGAAACAUGUCACAUCCUUAAUUGACCACUCGCCAGCUGUCAAUCAAACUCACGUAAUAAUCAAUCAGAUUUCGUUUAUUUCGGCCACAUGGUCCGACAAACAAAGACUGUCGGAGUAAUGGAAUAAGCGUUUUAUGAAAACACAACUUAGUGGGCGGAGCGAUCGCGUAGUUGGCGACUGGUCAAUUGCACUACGGUACUUGUGACAAAAAAUAGUAACGUCAUAAUGCUUACAGUGUGAACGAAGCUUAUUAUACGUGCAUGUGUAUGUCUGUGAUAAAAAAAUAAUUUAAUUCUUAACAACGGUAAUAUACCACGUUAACUCGAAAUUCAAGUCAGCAUUGCAGAUUACACCUAUAUGAUAUUCUUGGUUGAGAACAAUACGUCACAGAUAUAAAUACUAUUUGUAGCCUGGAUUUAUUAAAACUUUAUAUACUAGUAUAUAUUCUUAUUGAGGCUAAGACAUGAAUUGAAUUUAUUUCUAAGAUGGGGUUAGUUAAAGCAGGCGUAAGAUACAACACUAUGAAUGCGUGUUCACAAACCUUACCCGCACGCCAACAUGUGUGUUUGACUUAAACAUUACAUGCAGGAUACUUAAAUAUAUAUUUAAUGUGUAUUGAUGUAAUUCUAAUAAUGUCCGUUAAAAAUCGGGCAAUCAAUUUAAAAGAAUAGUGAGAUCACUAGUUAUGCAUGGCAUGUAAACAGGGUAUGACAACUUAAAUACCGGUUUCGCUCUAGAAUGCAAUAUUGUUUAUUUCUUGCUUAAUUAUGAGGUUUCUCAUGCAUCAUAUUUAUAUAUUCUCAUACAUAUCAUACCUGGCGUCAUAUUUACAUGAUUUUUCACUGCAUUCGUUUUCUUUGCGUCAAUUUUGAUCAACACUCGGAUUAACACAUGCAGUGUGUUUUAUCAUCUUUGUGUUUGGCAUUAAGUCAAAUGUUGAAACAUGGUUGUUUGUGACAUUAUUUGAAAUGUUGAAAAACCUUCGUGUUAUAUUAAAUAUUUGCAUUCAGUAAUCUACUAGACAACGUUAGACAAUAAGUGUGAGAGAUAAAAUUUAUCGACCCGUUUUUGUUGUGGUGAAUGCUAAUGGCGGUCUGUUGUGGUUCGAAGCAAUGACGGUCUCUUGUGGUGAAAACUAAUAACGGGCUGUUAUGGCGAGAACAUGGAUAUUAAUAUAUAUUAGCACUUCUGGCAUUUUUGUUUAAUAUUUUAUGUGUAAUAGCCACUCUAUGGGUAUAUUAUAUGUAGUCUGAAUAACCUUAAGCUGUGUAAGAGUGUUAUUACAAUAUCUUGAUCCUACGUCAAUGUCAAUGUCAAGUCUUGUUCAUUAGUGUUUGUUAUGUUUGCGAUAUUUAUAUUCUGUGUUUUUAUAAUGGUACAGUGCAAUUAAGUAUAUAUUUUUUGGCCAAAGAAUGCCACUAAGAAAUGCAAUGUUUAAACCAAUAUGGAUAUCUCGAUUAGUGAGAUUUUAUUGACGUAUGUGCAUUUCCCAUUGUUCAUGUUCCUUACGUAUUUAUACUUAAACAAAGAUCGUUUAGAAAUGUUCCACUGUGGGUACAUGGGCAUUUUGGGGGUGACACUGUCGGCGAACGGACAAUGGUGUUCCAUUACAAAUGUGAUAAAUACUCAGUAAUAAGAUUCCAGAUUGCUGGUUGUCCUCCUUGCAGAACCGCCUUGCACAGUACAUGAAGACUUGUUUUACGAUUAUGUGUUUUAUAUUAUGUUAAAUUAUGUGUGUAUUUUAUUUUUCGACUGUGAUUAAAUGUUGUUUCAUAGAAUAUUUAAUAAAGUGAAUUUUCA